GACAAUUUGACCUUCAAGUGCUCAGUAACCUCCAUCAAUGAACGAUGCAAAUUGUAGUAUUGCAUGUGCUAUCGCCAUUUGUUAUCGAUUGCUUUCACUGUUGAAUUCGAGUGCAUCGUAUUCGCUUACAAGAUCAUUUGCUAACCUUCCAUAUCAUUCCUUUUCUACAAGAUUUACUCCCUACUCUGCUAAUUUUUUCAACUGAACAUACUUUCAGCAUAGACUCGAAGCGCUGCUCAAAUGCUUACUGCAUGCAGAGAGGUUUAUUUAUCUCUAAAACACUCGUUCAUAGGCUGGGAUUUAAGUUAUGGUAUUGUUAACGAGACUUCUCUACCUGAUGUUGUGAUUGAUUCAGAAUUUGGCAGACGAGUUCCUACUAUCUCGCUUUUGACGGUUUCUUCGAAGGGUUCGUACCUGUCUGUUGCAGAUAACCUAAAGAGGCUGUUUCUUUAUGUUAAUGAAAAUGACCACUGGUUAUUGGUUUCACAAUUGAAGCUGAACAAACAGGUAUCGUGUCUUAUUUUUUCUCCAAGUGAAAAAGCUUUACUUAUUGGAGACAAGUCCGGAGAUGUUUUCAAACUCACUCUGUGUCCGGAGAAGCCCAUUCACGAUACAGAUUUGACUCUUCUUUGCGGACAUUUCUCAAUACUUAGUCACAUGGCUAUUUCGGAGGAUGAAAUGUACUUGGCGUCUUGUGAUCGUGAUGAAAAGAUACGGAUUAGUCGAUUUUCUGAACCCUAUGUUAUCCAAUCAUUUUGUCUUGGUCAUAAAUCGUUCGUUUCUCAGCUUGGAUUUAUUCCCGACACUCGAUAUUUAAUCUCAACAGGAGGAGAUGGAUAUAUAAGUAUUUGGAAUUGUGAGUCGGGCCACUGUCUAUCAUCGUAUUAUGUUUCGAAAAGUGAACUCCCAUCUCUUUCAGCUUCUACGGAUUCGCAGUUCAAUUUUAAGUCGGAAGCUGUUAUUUCUAGGUUUUAUUUUAUCAAAGAUGUUGUCGUUUGUUGUUUCUUAUCCAACCCAGUACUGAUGGCGUUUCAUAUUCAUAUAAAUGAAGAUGAAGUUGUCUCUUGGGGAUCGAAAGCUUUUACUUCUACAGAGGAUAAAAUGCCAUUUACAGAUAUAGCUCUAUGUUCAAAUGAUAAUCGUAUUAUUGGACUGUGUUCUAAUGUGACUAGUGUUCGUCUCUACUCCUGGAAAUUGAUUAUUCAAUACAAUCCUUGCCAACCAUCUUGCUCUGUCAAAUGGGAUGUUCCUCAAAUUGUUGAUUGCAUACCAAACAGCUUUCUUCUACAAGUUCCAGUUCCAAGUCCCCGAACAGAACUUUUGAAAUUAUUCUUCAAGUGCACAGAUAAUAGCUCAAUGUUACAAGCGUAUGAAUCAAAUAAACAAUUGCAUCAACACAAUGUAACUCAACGUCAUAUACGUAGUCAAAAAACGCGCAAGUUGAAUAAAACUCGACAGAAUUCUGUUGAUAAAGAAUUAAAUGUAUAAAAAACCACUCACUAUCUAAAUGUUAUUCUUAAUAUUGUUGUAUUGGCUUAAAAAGUGAUGUUGUAGACCCUCAGUAGUAAUUAUUUUGCAGGCGACUUAUUAUUAUUUGCAUAGAAACGUUGAUAUUAUGGAAAGUUCGUUAUAGUCGACAUACACCACUAUAUUUUGAACUCAUUAUUUGUUUCCAUAAAGUCUAUCGGGGAAUGUAAGAU